AUGCAUUCCGUCAGUGAAGUCAUGAAGAGAGUGCUUGUCAGUCUUGGAGUUUUGACAUUCUUCUUCCUAGCAAAUGGAACAGAGGGAAUAUAUGGAAGACUUCUGGCAGCUGAAGAAGAUGAGGGAACAUGCGAAGCACUUUUGGAUGCUCUACGUGAUCGUUACUGUUACUACAAAGGCAGCACACUUGCUAUCCGUCCCCACAAUGUUACAAAUGGAACGAUAGCUAGGAAGUGCAAUGCUCGUGGAAUACUAAGCGGUACGCUAGGGAACUCUAAAGAAAAUAAGAUGCAGAAGCAGAGAUAUGGCAUUAAGAGAAAUAACAAAAACCAUUAAAA